AUGGAGUUCUAUCCCAAGGCCGCCCAGGUCAUCCCGCGACCAAAGCCGAUGAAGGUGCUUGUUUUAGGGCUACCGCGUACAGGCACCACAUCCAUUUGUGCGGCUUUAACGCUGCUCGGCUUGAAUCCAUAUCACUAUAACGAAGUGGUUAAAAAUAAUGAAAAUGACCACUUCAGGCUCUGGAUGAAGGCUGUACAGGCCAAGUACGACGGUAUAGGCGAGCCGUUUGAGGGAGCGGAUUUCGAUCGUAUGCUUUGGAAUAAUGAUGCUGUCUCGGAUGAUCCUUGCUGUUUCUUCGUUGAAGAACUCAUAGCCGCAUACCCUGAGGCAAAGGUUGUCCUUACCACACGUCCAAGCGAUGCAUGGCUCAAGUCCAUGCAGAAACUAAUUCUCGAAAUCCUUUCCUGGAGAUCUUGGGGGGCUCUAUGUUUUUUUGACCGCGAGUUCUCUGCACCCUAUCAGGCACUCCUCAACCGCACCACUUCCAUUCUAUCCAAGGGUCUCCCGCCAUGCGAACCGUCCUCCUACCCGACCCUUAUUCGAUCCUUCGAAGAACAUAAUGAGCGCGUUCGUUCUGCCGUGCCAAAGGAGCAGUUACUGGAGUUUAGGGCAGACCAGGGCUGGGGGCCACUAUGCGAGUUUAUCGGCGUGCCUGUUCCAGAAUGCCCGUACCCCCAUCUCAAUUCGGGGCCUGAGGCGAUGCAGCUUGAGAAGUCAUUGUAUUGGUCACGGUGGUAUUGGGUGGCCCAGCAGCUAGGGAUGAAAAUGGGCAUGACGGUCUUAGUAUUAGUCGCUGCACUGUGGUUUGCCAGCAUAUCCUAG